AUGAUCCCUGCCAGGGCGGUGCCACGCUGGGUCCUGCCCAGCCUCUUCGCUUCCUUUCACUUCAGCUCCCUCCUGGCCCUGAGCAGCCUGUUCUUCUCUUUCCCCUGCACAAAGAGCUUGCUGGCUGUGGGUUACCACCCUCCGCUCUCCUUCCAUUUCAGAUGCAGCUGGCUGGCUGUCCACGUGUCCCUGGCUUUCCCCCUGGUUUCGGGCAUCCUUUUCAUCCCAGCCGUGGCCAACCUCCUGCUGGCCAGCUUCACAGACCCGGGGAUCCUUCACCGAGGUAACAGGAGCAUGGCCCGGGCUCCCGAGGGGCGGGACAGAUGGCAGGGACCUUGUUCCCUGGCGCUGCACCGCCAGCCCUGCUUUGAGCUCUCUGCCCAGCUCCUUCUGAGGCUGGUGCCGGGCCAGGCCCUGUCGCUGGGCGUACAGUCUCACCCCACGCGGUGUCUCCCUGAGCCAGGGGCCGAGGGCCGGGCCAGGUUAGUGAUCCAGGCGCUUCGUGUCAAGGAGAGACGCUUUGAUCUGCACUGGUGCCAGAAGUGCCAGUGCUACUGCCCGCCACGGACCUUCCACUGCCCCUGCUGCAACAUCUGCGUGGAGGAGUUCGACCACCACUGUAAGUGGCUGAACAACUGCAUUGGCUGCCGCAACUUCCGCUUCUUCUUCUUGUUCGUGGCCUUCCUGUGCAGCUACAACAUGGUGGUUCUGGCUUCCUGCAUCACCUACCUGGCGCUCAACUCCCACCAGGCCUAUGGCACCGAGAAGAUCUGUUCCAUCCUGGUGACCAUCCCAGCCACUCUCUACUUGUUGCCUCUCCUGAUCCUGGUGGGAUCCCAGGCCAGUUUCAUCACUCUGGCUAAACGCACCUAUGAGCUCAAGCCUCCCGAGGAGGGCAGAGCAAAUCCCUUCGACCUGGGAUGGGCCAGGAACUGGUACGCGGCCCUGUGUGCCCCACAGGGACCAAAGUACAUGGUGAGAGCCGCCGAACCAAAGGCAGCAACCAGCAGGGGCAGGAAGGUCUCCAUGGCCCGGCUUCUUCCCCCGAUGUCACGCCUGAACACGGCAUCUCCAGGAUUCUCAUCCCACCGCUGCCUCCAGGACCUGCCUGGCCAGGGGAGGGCAGCCCAGGCUGGCGCCAAGGGGACCUGGUGGCCGGCAAGCUCAGAGAGGAAGAUGAACGUGGCUAUGACAGGUGAGCAGAACCUCCCAGAUUGCUCCCCGUUCUCACCCAGCGUGGCACCCUCAGAGCUCUGCUUUCCUCUGGUCUUAGCUCUGGGGCUUCACACACAUGCACAAAGUCCAGGCAUAAAAUCUCCUCCACACACAAAUCCCAAAAUCUAUCGCAAAACUCCUAUUGACUUCAGCAUGGCUGAGUGGCCAGCGAUGGCGGAUGGCGGAGGAGGCACACACUGGAAAUCCCAAAUACACCUCAGCAGCAGAGCGGUCUCAUCCACGGCCGCGCUUCUUUCAGUGUCUGAUAUUUGA